AUGACUAGCACAGGCGCCCCAGGUGGAGGACCAAGUGCAGGAUACGCUGGACAGGUUCCCCAUCGAUCAUACGAGGAACGGGCUGCGGCGCGAGAACAAAUGAUGUCGACCAUUCGCGAGUCGUCUCAGCAGGACCGCCGGGUCUACGUCGGCAACCUUUCGUACGAUGUCAAGUGGCACCAUCUCAAGGAUUUCAUGAGACAGGCUGGAGAAGUGCUUUUUGCCGACGUUUUAUUGCUUCCAAACGGAAUGUCGAAGGGAUGCGGUAUUGUGGAAUAUGCUACGCGGGAGCAAGCCCAGCAGGCUGUUGCCCAGCUAAGCAACCAGAACCUCAUGGGUCGUCUCGUCUAUGUUCGAGAGGAUCGUGAGGCGGAACCCCGAUUCAUUGGCGCCACCGGCGGAAACCGUGGCGGCUUUGGCGGCGGAAUGGCCCCCGGCGGCGGCGGUGGUCCUGGUUUCAACCCCGGCUAUGGCGGCGGUGCCCCCGGCGGUGGCGGUCGUCAGAUCUACAUUGCCAACCUUCCCUUCAAUGUCGGCUGGCAGGAUCUUAAGGAUCUGUUCCGACAAGCAGCUCGAAACGGCGGUGUCGUUCGCGCCGAUGUCCAUGUUGGCCCUGACGGGCGGCCUAAGGGAUCCGGAAUCGUCGUGUUCGAGAGCCCUGAUGAUGCUCGCAACGCCAUCCAACAGUUCAAUGGUUACGAUUGGCAGGGACGAGUUCUUGAGGUCCGCGAGGAUCGAUACGCCGGCAGCGGUCCAGGAAUGGGCUUCGGCGGUCGCGGCGGUUACGGCGGCGGCAUGCGAGGAGGAUUCGGCGGUGGCUUCGGCGGCCGUGGAGGAUUCGGUGGUGGUCGUGGCGGUUUCGGUUUCGGUGGCCGUGGUGGUUUCGCCGGAGGCCCUCCCGGCGGCGGUGGUCCGGGUGGUUUCGAGGCUCCUCCUCCUACUGGCUCCGUCCCGCCCAACGCCUUCACCGACUUUGCCACCUCCGGAACUGAGAGAGGCGAGAUUAUCUUUGUUCGCAACCUUCCUUGGUCCACGAGCAACGACGAUUUGGUCGAGCUUUUCACCACCAUCGGCAAAGUGGAGCAAGCCGAGAUCCAGUACGAGCCCAGCGGCCGUUCUCGAGGCACUGGUGUCGUUCGCUUCGACUCAGCCGAUACUGCUGACACGGCUAUUGCCAAGUUCCAGGGUUACCAAUACGGUGGCCGUCCUCUCAACCUGAGCUUUGUCAAGUACCUGAACCAGACCGGAGGAGAUGUCAUGGAUACGGACCCUCACGGCGGCCUAACGCAGGACCAGAUCAUGUAA